AAGCUAGCAAAGUGGAGAGUGGUGAGUGGUAACUGGUAACUGGUAACCGGUAAUUCCAGUGAGGGACUGUCUCUUCAUUCAUCAAUCAUUUCCCAAUCCCUUAUUUCCACCAUAACAAACAAGUUCCCAAUGUUUCACCCUCAGCCGCCGUCGUCGUCACCGCCGCCGCCGCCGUCACCGAUGACCACUCUGGAGUCACCCCUCAACGCCAAAACGACGUCGAUCAUCAAAAGGCGCAGAACAACCGUUCCUCCUUCCGCCGAAGUUGUUGACGUGGAAUCCUUCUGUUUCACGCCAAUCUCCGAAAGAGGAGCCACCAAGUCAAACGCCAUCUCCGUCGACCAAUACGACAACGACAGAAACUUAUACCUCUCCAUCGCAGCUUCACUCACUCUUUCCACCCCCUCUCACUCCGUCCACGUCAUUGACCUUUCCGACACCGAUGACGACGACGACGUUCGAAUCCUCAAGUUCAAACCCCAAAACGCAGCGGCGUUCGGGAAGCGAAAACGAAACCACAACACCGUCGAAAAGGGCGAGUUUUCCAACACAGCGCCAUUCGUUUGCGAAAUCUGCACCGACACCAAGACCGCGAGUGACUCCUUCAACAUCGCCGGGUGCUGCCACGUGUACUGCAAGGAGUGCGUGGCGACGUACGUGGAGUCGAAGCUUCAAGAAAACGUGGUGAACAUCGCGUGCCCUGUGCCGCGAUGCAGGGGAUUAUUGGAGGCGGAGGACUGUCGCACAAUUCUUGAUCCUGGGGUUUUGGAUCGGUGGGGGAAGGCACUGUGCGAGGCUGUGAUCGCUGCGGAGGAUAAGUUCUAUUGUCCCUUCGGGGAUUGUUCUGCGUUGUUGAUUCGAGAUGAGAGAGAGAAUAUUAGGGAAUCGGAGUGUCCCAAUUGUAGGAGGGUGUUCUGCGCUUUAUGUAGGGUACCCUGGCAUCAAGGGAUACCCUGCGAGGAGUUUCAGAUGCUGAACAGGGACGAGAGGGAGAAGGAAGAUAUCAUGUUGAUGAACCUUGCUAGAGAGAUGAGGUGGAAGAGGUGCCCCAAGUGUAGGUUUUACGUUGCCAAAUCUGAGGGUUGCAUGUACAUGAAAUGCAGGUGUGGAAUCGCUUUCUGCUACAACUGUGGAGCUCCGUCCUUAACUUCCUCACAUUAUUGUGCGUACUGUCGACGCUAACGACGCUUGAAUAUGCUAUGAUUUAUAAAAUUGUAUUGGUAUAAUGGCAGUAAAGAGGUUUGAACCUAUCGCCUAACGCAAAGUGCAAACUUGCUAAACUUUUCCCUAAUAGCUUACAUCUGGUGUGAUUUUAUGUUAUGCAUGAUUCUGUUAAGCUUAUAACUUUUUAUCUUUUUUAAAUAUUAAACAAUUUCCAUGU